GAUUCCAUUUUCUUCCAUUUUUCACUUGAGCUUGUAGACACCAAACUCCAAUCCAUCCAUUCCAGGUUGCUCUUUUUAGAUUAAAGUAUGCAGAGAAGCACGAGAGGCAAGCCUCAGAGGCCUCCAUCGGGCCGAACAAAUCUUGCAUCCUGUAUAGUUGCUACAAUUUUCCUCAUCUUCAUCGUGAUAAUAGUGUUCAUAGUUUACUUCACCGUUUUCAAGCCCAAAGAUCCCAAGAUCUCUGUCAACGCUGUGCAGCUGCCGACCUUCUCCAUCGCUAACGGCACCGUCAACUUCACCUUCUCCCAGUACGCCACCGUCAACAACCCCAACAGAGCCGCUUUCUCUCACUACGACAGCACCAUCCAGCUCUUCUAUUCGGGUUCUCAAGUGGGUUUCAUGUUCAUACCCGCCGGCAAGAUCCAGGCUGGUCAGACCCAGUACAUGGCCGCCACUUUUGCGGUCCAAUCCUUCCCGUUGGCGCCUAAAGCGGAAGCGGGAGCGGGAGCGGGAGCGGGAGCGCAGGCGGUGACUGUUACAGGCCCCAUCGGGCUUCCUUAUGGGUUUAACGGUUUCCCGAGUAAUGGGUAUCCGGCUGGACCGACGAUGGAGAUCGAGUCGAGGAUGCAGAUGGCAGGUCGGGUUAGGGUUUUGCACUUCUUCACACAUCAUGUGGAAGCAAAAUCAGAAUGCAGAGUGGUUAUUGCAGUGAGUGGUGGAUCUGUGCUAGGCUUCCACUGUUGAUUCUUUUUCUCUAACCUUUUUCGUACCCUGUAGUUGCAGCUCUUAUUAGUAUUUCUCUCUCUCUCUCAGUUUUGGAGGAUAUGCAAAUUGGGUGCUUUCAAUUUGUUGAAGUGUAAAGAUUGAAUCUUCCCUAAUUUUGAAGUAAGAUCCUUCAGUUAAUUCUUGAGAAAUCCAUCAUUUUUUUUUUUUGGAGGAUUUGGGUUGGGUGUUCGAAUUUGUGUGAACCUUUUUUUUUUCAAGAAGAAGAAAGUGUAAAAACAGAAAUUUUCUUCUUUUCCCUUCAUUUUCAAGUUAAGUUCCUUCCUUUGUCAUUUUUUUUCACUAGAACUUUAGCAUACUUGUAUCUAUAUGGGGUUUGUUAGUUCUUUCUUUGUAUCUUUUGGUUUGAAAAAAAAAAAAGUUAGUUGUAUCUGAAUCUUCUUCAAGUGUUAAAUAAUAAGCUUUGAGUGUGCAUGAUUAUGAAAGAAGCAGGAGGAGAGAUUACUGAAAAGGGAGGUGAGCUUUGCUUCUUUGUUCUGUGUAUAAUUAAUUAAUCGCCUUCGGAGAGUAAUUUACCGUAGCCUGGAAUGGGAGAGUAAGUAAAAGUUGUUGUUGGGUGAGGCUUUGCAUUUACCUCUACUACAGUUAAGGAAUGAUGAUGGGAUCAUUAAGACUGAGGCAUAAUGCUGGAAAGCAAGCAGCGCGAAAUUCCGCUUCCUUUUUCCUUUCCCCUGUUAUUGAGGGAAAUCCCAAAUCUAAUUUAGUGCUUUUUAGAGAGGUCACGACGUCGUUUUGGAAAGAGCAACAGAAUAGAGUUUGGGGAUCUUCACUUUCAUGGAUAGGUGUGAGGGGAACUUUGAAAUUUUGUCAAGUAAAGGAAGUUUAACAGUUGGUGGGACCAAAAUUCCCCGGAGACAGUAUACCCUACCUAGACAUUGAUAU